AUGAAGAAUUCGAUAUCAGAACAGAGUUUUUACAUAGAGAGUGAGGAAGAAGAUGAGGAGAAAGCAUUUGACAACAGUGAAGAUGGGAAUGCCUCAGAUUCUUCCAAGUACUCCGAUGAUAAUGAUAAUGAUAACGACAAUGCCCAACGAAGUAAACCGAAUUCAUACAAUACCCCUUGGCCUCAGAGUUAUAGGCAAUCAAUUGAUUUAUACGGCAGUGUCUCAUCUCCAAGUCUUAACUUUAUGGGGACGCCAACAUUGUCACGCUUUGGCAGCUCAUUUCUUUCCACGUCACUUACUCGGAGACAUACUCCUGAAAUAUUACCUUCUUUGAACGAACCCCUCGUACCUGCAGCAGAGGAUGAGAAGAUGCCCCAACAAAGACGUAGUUCCCGUUCUCUGCUUCCACCGUUGAGGAAGCCGACCGGCAUAAAGAAAGUAACUCCCGAUGAAAAAGCCUCCAAGGUUUCACAUGAACUCCCAAUUUCUCGACAGAGCUCAUAUGGCCAAGCAGUGGUAAAUGGCAUGAAUGUUCUGUGUGGAGUAGGAAUCCUUUCUACACCUUAUGCUGUCAAAGAAGGAGGAUGGGUGGGGCUUUCUAUACUGUUGAUAUUUGCUGUCCUUUCUUACUACACUGGGAUUCUGCUACGUUACUGCUUGGACAGCCGGCCUGGGCUUGAAACUUACCCGGAUAUUGGCCAAGCUGCUUUCGGUACAUUGGGGCGUAUUGCCAUAUCCAUAGUUUUAUACGUGGAGUUGUAUGCUUGUUGUGUUGAAUAUAUUAUUUUGGAGAGCGAUAACUUAUCAUCUCUAUUUCCAAAUGCACAUUUAAGCUUGGGAGCAUUUGAAUUAAACUCUCACCAUCUUUUUGCAUUGCUGACCACCCUUGCUAUUCUUCCUACUGUUUGGUUGCGAGACCUGAGCAUUCUUAGCUAUAUUUCUGCCGGUGGAGUUGUUGCAUCAAUCUUGGUGGUUGCUUGCUUGUUUUGGGUUGGCUUAGCGGAUCAAGUUGGAUUUCAGACGAAAGGGACAACACUGAACCUUUCGACUCUUCCCGUUGCUAUUGGUCUCUAUGGUUAUUGCUACUCGGGACAUGCCGUGUUUCCCAAUAUCUAUACAUCAAUGGAAAAACCUAGCCAAUAUCCUGCUGUCCUCCUAACAAGUUUCGGUAUCUGUACUUUGAUGUAUGCUGGAGUUGCUGUGCUAGGAUACAUGAUGUUCGGAGAAUCUACACAAUCACAGUUUACCCUCAACAUGCCCCAAGAUUUAGUUGCUUCUAAAAUUGCUGUUUGGACUACAGUAGUCAAUCCGUUUACUAAGUAUGCGUUAACCAUCUCUCCAGUGGCAAUGAGUCUCGAGGAAUUGAUACCAUCAAACUGCGCCAAAUCUCAUAUCUAUGCAAUCCUCAUACGAACAGUAUUGGUGAUAUCUACAUUGCUUGUUGGUCUUAGCAUCCCAUUCUUUGGUCUCGUGAUGGCGUUGAUUGGCUCUUUACUCACAAUGCUAGUUACUUUGAUUCUUCCAUGUGCUUGUUACCUCAGCAUCUUAAGGGGAAGAAUAGGCUUCUUUCAGGGCUCAAUUUGUUUAGUGAUCAUCGUCGUAGGCAUCAUAUCAUCAGUAUUUGGAACAUACUCUGCCCUCUCUCGAAUCAUUGAGAAUUUGAGCUAA